CUUUCUCAGCCAAAGUGGUCGAUCGUGGCCGUGAGAUUGUUUCUCUCACAUCGAAGAGCUUUACUUAAAAGUGGUCGACCUUCCACCACUAAUUCAUGCAUUCAUCUCAUCAAGUCGUGAUACAUCGAAAACUUACAACACCUUCCCUUAUCGGUCAACAAAUCAAAAUCUUCUAUCCACAGUCUUGUUGAAUUAUAAGCUUAUGAUGGCUUCCGAAAAUCAGGUCAUGGCAGCCGUGCUUUCCCAACUUUCUGUCACCAAGCUCGACUUCCAACGCUUGGCAGAUGACAUUGGUCUCUCCAACUCCGAAGCAGCACGUUCGCGAUGGCGUCGCUUGAAGGCCAAACUUGAUGAGUCUGUGGCAGCCGUCCCAGAGUCUAGUCCAAGAAAAGCUUCAGUCACUUCACCGUCUCCACGCAAGGAGGCACCGGAGAAGAAUGGGAACGGGAAGCGGGUGAGAGUGCCAGAUAUAGAUGACAUUGAAGAUGAUUAUCAUAAAGACAUGGUUGAGAAACGUGAGGGGAAGGUUGUUGGGAAGGAGAAGGUUAAGCGGGGGAGGGGCAAGCCCAGACGGGCUGUGGUGGAGAAGAGCAAAGUCCUUGUGCCGGACGAUGAUUAUGAGGGGGAUGAGCAGGAAGAGGAGCCGAUCGAUGAUAUCGUUGAUGAUGCGAUUCUGAAAACUUCUUCAUUAAGGAGGGAAUUGUAGGAAGGGCCCUGAAGCAAAGAUUUCGUCCACAUUCGGGACCACAUAUUUUCAAUCCCAAGAAGACAGCUGGAAUAAGUAACCUGAAAAUUAUACAAGAAUCUGAUUAAACACGAGAAUUUAUCUAUGAGUGACCUGACCCUGUAAAGUUUGUGUUUCUCGGAGUCUGACUUAAGUGUGGAGCAAUUGGGAGUAAACUGUGGGUCAGAAGAUCUUUUUAAGCAUAUUCAGGGAUCCGGAAUCUCUUUCUCAUACAUCAACGACUGUCAAUAUGCAUACUAAAACGCUUAAAUAAGUAAAAAAUCAAGUUUUGUUCCUCAUUUAUGAAAAGACGGAAGGCAAAAUCAACCCAGAAGGACAAAAAACAAAUCUCUCGAAGAGGGCCGAAUUGGGGAUUGAACCCAAGACCACGUACAAGCGUUGAUAUUACCCAAAGCACGUAUUCUACCACUGAACUAUCCGGCCUAUUGAUGUGGAGUUCGAGAUGUUACUUGGUUAUGAGUAGCAGGUGAAAAUUUGCAAAGCGGAGUUUUUCUCUUUAAGCGAGAUGCCAGG